UUACUCAAACGAAAAGUCAAACAAACACGUGAAUCCCUCUGAUCUUUUUGGUUACUCUCUUUGUCGGAGACUUUCAUCGGGCGACCGGAAAACUAGAAAAUGGAGCAGUUUUACACUCUGAGGCCGGAGUUUUUGGUGGUGGGGUUCUUGUUGUUCUCCGUUUCGGUUCAUGCUCAGAUUUCGGUUCCGUCGAAGCAGGAUGGGUUCUGGUACAAGGAUAGAGCAGCCGGGAUUGAUUCCAUACUGAUCGAGGCGUUCCUGGACCCGGUCUGCUCCGACAGCCGAGACGCCUGGCCUCUGCUCAAGCAAGCCUUCGAACACUACGGUUCUCGCGUCUCUCUAAUCGUUUACCCCUUCGCAUUGCCUUACCACGACAAUGCGUUUCUUUGUUCCCGAGCUUUGCAUAUUGUCAAUAAAUUCAAUAGUUCUUCCCCAUACAAGUUACUGGAGUCUUUCUUUCGAAGCCAGGAGGAGUUUUAUAACAAAGCAACUUUCAACUUGUCCAAAGCAUCGGUUGUAGCUUACGUUGCCAAGUUUGCAGCUAAUGCAGUUGGAAAUACAUUAUAUGCUAAAAUUAAAGCUGGAUUUAGCGACUCCACAACUGAUAGCGCAACAACAUAUUCCUUCAUGUAUGGUUGUUUGAAAGGGGUUUACGGAACACCGUUCUUCUUUGUGAAUGGCUUUCCAUUGCCCAAUGCUGGCUCAGCCUUGGCGUAUAAAGAUUGGAGAGUCAUCAUUGAUCCACUGGUCGCUGAAGCAGAGACGAGCAGGGUGCAGCCUUCACAAUAGUUACUAUGAACCAUUGUGCUCUGUAUCACAGUGUGUUAGUGCUUUUUUCUUUAGCUUUUGUUUAUAUGUAUCUGUUCCACUAGAGUCAGGUGAUGAAUGCCAUAGAAGAAAACGAACUGCAAAAGUGGGGAAAAAAGUGUUUUUGUUGAUCAAUAGCUAGAAAUGAAAAGAGCGAAAAAGCAUAGGUUAGUUUCAUAAAUAAUACAAUUUGUUAGGUGAUUGAGAAACUCA